GCGCCGGCCGAGGGCGAUGGGGCUGGGCUGAGGCGAGGCGAGGCGGCGGCGGCGGCGGCGACAGCGGCGGCCCGGCCCCCCGCGGUCCCUUGGUUGCUCCGGCCGGGAGGCCGCGGAGGAGACGGCGCGGCGGGGGUCGAUCUGACAGAAACAUCUUAGGAUCUUGGUGUUUGGACAUAGGAGCAAUUGGGCAUUGAAGUAAAGAGGUAUGAGAUUGGAAGAUGAUAAUGCUGAGAGGUCAUAGAUUCUUUAGACAAGCCCCUUCUUUUUACAGAAGAGGAAACUAAUAUCUGGAGAGUUACCUUCAACUGUUCUGAAGCAGACGACCUUUCAAACCACUGUAGAUAUGGACAGAGAAGAAAGGAAGACUAUCAACCAGGGUCAAGAAGAUGAAAUGGAGAUUUAUGGUUAUAAUCUGAGUCGCUGGAAACUUGCCAUAGUUUCUGUAGGAGUGAUUUGCACUGGUGGGUUUCUUCUUCUCCUUCUCUAUUGGAUACCUGAGUGGCGGGUGAAAGCGACCUGUAUUAGAGCUGCAGUUAAAGACUGUGAAGUGGUGCUGCUGAGGACUACUGAUGAAUUCAGAACGUGGUUUUGUGCAAAAAUUCGCUUGCUUUCUCUGGAAACUCAGCCACUUUCCAGUCCAAAAUGUGUAGCUAAUAAGGUUUCAAAUGGCCAUGCAGUUCAUUUAACUGAGAAUCCAGCUGAAGAGAAUAGGCAUGGGAUGAGUAAAUAUUCACAGAUUCAGUCACAACAGAUUCGCUAUUUCACCCACCAUAGUGUGCAAUAUUUCUGGGAUGAUACCAUUCACAAUUUCGAUUUCUUAAAGGGACUGGAUGAAGGUGUUUCUUGUACGUCAAUUUAUGAAAAGCAUAGUGCAGGACUGACAAAGGGGAUGCAUGCCUACAGAAAAUUGCUUUAUGGAGUAAAUGAAAUUACUGUGAAAGUGCCUUCUGUUUUUAAGCUUUUAAUUAAAGAGGUUCUCAACCCAUUUUACAUUUUCCAACUGUUCAGUGUUAUACUGUGGAGCAUUGAUGAAUACUAUUACUAUGCUCUAGCCAUUGUGAUUAUGUCCAUAGUAUCAAUUGUAAGCUCACUGUAUUCCAUUAGAAAGCAAUAUGUCAUGUUGCAUGACAUGGUGGCAGCUCACAGUACUGUGAGAGUUUCAGUUUGUAGAGUAAAUGCAGAAAUAGAAGAGAUCUUUUCUACAGACCUUGUCCCGGGAGAUGUCAUGAUUAUUCCUUUAAAUGGGACAGUCAUGCCUUGUGAUGCAGUACUUAUUAAUGGGACCUGCAUUGUAAAUGAAAGCAUGUUAACAGGAGAAAGUGUUCCAGUGACAAAGACUAAUUUGCCAAACCCUUCAGUGGACCUAAAAGGAACAGGAGAUGAAUUAUAUAGUCCGGAAACACAUAAACGACACACUUUGUUUUGUGGGACGACUGUUAUUCAGACUCGUUUCUACACUGGAGAACUUGUCAAAGCCAUAGUAGUUAGAACAGGAUUUAGUACUUCUAAAGGACAGCUUGUUCGUUCCAUACUGUAUCCUAAACCAACUGAUUUUAAGCUCUACAGAGAUGCCUACUUGUUUCUACUGUGUCUUGUAGCAGUGGCUGGCAUUGGGUUUAUCUACACUAUUAUCAAUAGCAUUUUAAAUGAGGUAGAAGUUGGAGUAAUAAUUAUCGAGUCUCUUGAUAUUGUUACAAUUACUGUGCCGCCUGCACUUCCUGCUGCAAUGACUGCUGGUAUUGUGUAUGCACAGAGAAGAUUGAAAAAAAUCGGUAUUUUCUGUAUUAGUCCCCAAAGGAUAAAUAUCUGUGGACAGCUGAAUCUUGUUUGCUUUGACAAGACUGGAACUCUUACUGAAGAUGGUUUAGAUCUUUGGGGGAUUCAACGAGUAGAAAAUAAACGAUUUCUUUUGCCAGAAGAAAACGUUUGCAGGGAGGUGUUGGUAAAAUCUCAGUUUGUUGCUUGUAUGGCUACUUGUCAUUCACUUACAAAAAUUGAAGGAGUGCUUUCUGGUGAUCCACUUGAUUUGAAAAUGUUUGAAGCCAUUGGAUGGAUUCUGGAAGAAGCAACUGAAGAAGAAACAGCACUUCAUAAUCGAAUUAUGCCCACUGUGGUUCGUCCUCCCAAACAACUGCUUCCUGAAUCUACACCUGCAGGAAACCAAGAAAUGGAGCUGUUUGAACUUACAGCUAUUUAUGAAAUAGGAAUUGUUCGCCAGUUCCCAUUUUCUUCUGCUUUGCAACGUAUGAGUGUGGUUGCAAGAGUGCUAGGGGAUAAGAAAAUGGAUGCCUACAUGAAAGGAGCACCUGAGGUCAUUGCCAGUCUUUGUAAACCUGAAACAGUUCCUGUUGAUUUUGAAAAAGUUUUAGAAGAUUACACUAAACAGGGCUUCCGAGUGAUUGCUCUUGCACACAGAAAAUUGGAGUCAAAACUGACAUGGCAUAAAGUACAGAAUAUUAGCAGAGAUGCCAUUGAAAACAACAUGGAUUUUAUGGGAUUAAUUAUAAUGCAGAACAAAUUAAAGCAAGAAACCCCUGCAGUACUUGAAGAUUUGCAUAAAGCCAACAUUCGCACUGUCAUGGUUACAGGUGACAACAUGUUGACUGCUGUCUCUGUGGCCAGAGACUGUGGAAUGAUUCUACCUCAGGAUAAAGUCAUUAUUGCUGAAGCAUUACCUCCAAAGGAUGGGAAAGUUGCCAAGAUAAAUUGGCAUUAUGCAGACUCCCUAACGCAUUCAUCAGCAAUUGAGUCAGAGGCUAUUCCCAUUAAAUUGGUCCAUGAUAGCUUAGAGGAUCUUCAGGUGACUCGUUACCAUUUUGCAAUGAAUGGAAAAUCAUUUUCAGUGAUACUGGAGCAUUUUCAAGACCUUGUUCCUAAGUUAAUGUUGCAUGGGACUGUGUUUGCUCGUAUGGCACCUGAUCAGAAGACACAAUUGGUAGAAGCAUUGCAAAAUGUAGAUUACUUUGUUGGGAUGUGCGGUGAUGGUGCAAAUGAUUGUGGUGCUUUGAAGAGGGCACACGGAGGCAUUUCCUUAUCAGAGCUCGAGGCUUCAGUGGCAUCUCCCUUUACCUCUAAAACUCCUAGUAUUUCCUGUGUGCCAAACCUUAUCAGGGAAGGCCGUGCUGCUUUAAUAACUUCCUUCUGUGUGUUUAAAUUUAUGGCAUUGUAUAGCAUUAUCCAGUACUUCAGUGUUACUCUCCUGUAUUCUAUCUUAAGUAACCUAGGAGACUUCCAGUUUCUCUUCAUUGAUCUGGCAAUCAUUUUGGUAGUGGUAUUUACAAUGAGUUUAAAUCCUGCCUGGAAGGAUCUUGUGGCACAAAGACCACCUUCAGGUCUUAUAUCUGGGGCUCUUCUCUUCUCCGUUUUAUCUCAGAUUAUCAUCUGCAUUGGAUUUCAAUCUUUAGGGUUUUUUUGGGUCAAGCAACAACCUUGGUAUGAGGAGUGGCAUCCACAUUCAGAUGUUUGUAAUACAACAAGAAGCCCAUAUUGGAAUUCUUCACACUUAUACAAUGAAACCGAACUCGAUACACAUAAUAUACAAAAUUUUGAAAAUACCACAGUUUUUUUUAUCUCCAGUUUUCAGUACCUCAUAGUGGCAAUUGCCUUUUCAAAAGGAAAACCCUUCAGGCAGCCUUGCUACAAGAAUUAUUUUUUUGUUGUAUCUAUGAUUGUUUUGUAUGUUUUCAUAUUAUUCAUCAUGUUGCAUCCAAUCGCCUCUGUUGAUCAGGUUCUUCAGAUAGUGUGUGUACCAUAUCAGUGGCGUGUAACUAUGCUUAUCAUCGUUCUUGUCAAUGCCUUUGUAUCUAUCAUGGUGGAGAACUUCUUCCUUGACAUGGUCCUUUGGAAAGUUGUGUUCAAUCGAGACAAACAAGGAGAAUAUCGCUUCACCACCACACAGCCACCACAGGAGUCAGUGGAUCGGUUGGGGAAGUGCUGCUUGUCCUGGGCCCUGGGCUGUAGAAAGAAGAUACCAAAGGCAAAGUACAUGUAUCUGGCGCAGGAGCUCUUGGUUGAUCCAGAAUGGCCACCAAAACCUCAGACAACAACAGAAGCUAAAACUUUAGUUAAGGAGAAUGGAUCAUGUCAGAUUAUCACCAUAACAUAGUAAUGAAUCAGUCUCAGUUGUAUGCUAGUAGCAGUAUGUAGGAGAAUGUGAUUUUAGGAUUUUCUGAUCCUGUGUGUCAGAAUGGCACUAUUCAGUUUAUGUCCCUUCUGAUAUAUUAGCUGAUUUGAGAGCUUUACUUUUUAAAAAUCAAAACAGAAAAAGGUAUUGGCCUAAAAGUUAAAUUAACAAUCAAUCUGUAAAGUCCUGUAUCUUGAUUUAGUAAUCUAAAUAUUAUAUACAUUUCCAGAAUUUACUUGUUACCCUCAGUGAUAUUCUUUAUAUUGGGUACAGGAGAAAUUUGGUGUUUGAUAGAUUUUUAGACAUUAACUUUUGAGACGUUGCCCCUUUAAAUUUAUUUUCAUAACUCCCUUACUAGAAAAAGUCUGUAUGUUUAUAUACAGGCGCUAAAUUUGUGAUUGAUUAAAAAUAAAAUGGGUAUCAAUUAGCCUUUAGUGAAAACAUCUUGAAAGCCUCCUUUCAUUUGAUUCCAAUAUUUAUUCUGAAUAAUCUAUAUAAACAUACACCGGUUCCCUUUGAUAGCCUGGAGUUAGGAGUGAGUUUGUCUGAUGUUGUUUAUAGCACAACUCAGGUAAUUUCCCUUUAUGGUUUUUAUAUUUUCUGUACAAACUGCCUGGGUUUUAUUUUUCUAAUCAGCAAGGUGCUUCACUGCCCUCUUGAGAUGUCCCUCAAAGCUAUUAAAUGGAUCUUGUGCUAUGUCUGGUGUCAGUAGUCUAAUUUGCUUCAGUUAAAUGUUGUAGAACCUUUUUCACUGGGAAAAAAGAUGAUUUCCUUUGGCAGUAGAUGUAGAUCUAUCUUUCAAACAUCUCUUCAUACCCCGCCUCCCCCGCCCCCCCGCCUCAGGCUUUGUAUUGUCUUUUUAUUUUUUUCUUCUAUGUUUUUAAUCACUAAAGACAUAGGAUAAUAGUGAGUUAUAUUUUUUAAGUUAGAACUUUACCUCGUAAGAUUUUUAAGGUUUGGUGUAUGUCUCUCCUAUCAAUAAUGAGGCUUAAAAAAAAUAGUGAGUAUUGGAUUUGAAUGACUGCUGUUUUUCCAAAGCAAUAUGAACUUGGUGAGAAUUAGCUUUAUGCCAUUAGGUGGCGCCGAAGGUCAGAGCGUACCUAUUUUGGAUUGGAUAAUUAACAAAUGAACAUAUUUGUGAAAAUUUCUGUAAAGAAUAGACAUUCAUCGAGCCAAAAGAAACGUGGAAAAUAUUUUUUACCUUUCUCUUUUUCCUGAUUAAUGUUUAAAUUCUAAACAAAAUUAAAGUUACUUUAAAAAUGCCAUUGUAGGUAGGAUUCAGCAGUUUGGCAAUGCCCAGUUGUCAUAAAUACAGGAAAGUGAUAUUGCUGUGAAAUGGACACUGAACCAUUAAAACAAUGUGACAUUAUCCUGUGUUCUUCCUUAACCAGUGCUUGUGCUUUCCACUUCUAGCUGAUCACUAUUUUCCUGAUAUAUAUUUAACAAUUUACCAAAUGUUACCCAGAAUUGUAGAACCAAGUGGUUCUCGUUAUGCUGCAAAGGCCUGAAUGAUGUUUAGUAACUGCAGAAAAAUGUCAGUUACACUCAGGAUCACUGUUAUUGCUAUUGCCACUGAUAAUUCUUACACAAAUAUAAUCAAAGUUUUCCAUCAAAAUGUAUAAUACAAUAUUAAUUCACAUUUGAUGAUAAGAACACAUGUUCCAUGAAUAAUUCUAUGAAGCUAUGCAUCUUAGACCUCUCGAGCUGUGAAUUAGCACUGUUUUCUAUAAGUUACUUAUUCUCUUGAUUGUUUUAUAGUUUCCAUAUUUGUUUUAAAUAGGCCCAAGUGUUAUUCUUUAGUGAUUUCCAGAACUGUAAAUUUUAUUCCUUGGUUUAAAUACUGAACCAUAUAAUUAAUGUAAUUGCUAAGUAGCAGCUUAAAAAUUCAAUUAUCAGAUUGUCUUCAACAUCUUUAAGAGCAUGAUCAUAAAGAGCUAUUUUUGACACCCUCCUUUUAAAAAUCAUUUAGAGUUAAUAAGGUUUUUAUAUCUCAUCUGUCCAUAUUGUUUUCAAAGGAAUGAAGUUUAUAGGUAGUUGGAAAAGCAUUUAUAGAAAGUUAGAUUUGAACAUAGACAGGGUGGGUUAUUCAAGUGAACAAUGUUAUUUGAAGAAUGUCUAUGAAUCCAGAUAUGGAUCAUGCUCAGUGCCAUUGAUAGGCUGAGUCCUCUCUCUGUAGGUCACCAUUACAUAGUAAUUUUGUUCUGAAUUUCACAUUAAAUUAUUUGAGUGUAUACAGGCCUAAAUUUUAAAAUCUGUACAUAUAUUAUUUUGAUGUAUUAAGAUUAAUAAAUAUCACUGACUUAAAUUUUAUUUAUGCACAUACUUAAAGGAGAGAAAUGUUUGGGAAAGUAAUUGUUUAAUAAUGAUAUGUAACUUUUUAACUUUUUAAAUAAAUAACAAGAUUUUUAAUGUGUGUCUCCCUCAGGGUUGUUUAAAGUUUUUUUUUCCUCCCCAAAUAUAAAUAGUGGUAACUAUAUGUUUUAUAUCUUUUAGCACCAACUGCUGUAAAGCAAUGCUGCAAAUAAUGCUUGAAUAAAAGUGGCUAAGCCAACAACAAAAUAAAUACUUUUUAUAGUAGUUUUAUAAUCCUUAAAUUUGAAAGCUUUCCAAAUUGCACUUGCAUUUAAACAAAACGGUUGCAGUUUUUACUCUAUUUAUUUUGUUUCCCAGGUUUAUGAAGGUACUGCACAGUUUUAAAGGCAUGGUGAAUAAUAUAUCAAUGUUUAUUUAGUCUGUUCCCAAAACAGCUAUAGAUAACAAUAGCCAGCAAAGAGCAAAAUUAAAGCUUUAGAAGACAUUCUGUUAUUUCAUGCAUGCAGUUUUGACAUAACUGAAAAUAAUUUUUUGUAUAUUUAUGGUGGGAGGUGGUUGGGAACUUCUAACAAAGUGGGGUGUUGGGUUUUGUACAGUCUGUGGGCAUUUACACAUAUUUUUUAAUGUAUUAAAAUUUGGUAAUUAUGUGCACAUUAAAUUAAUAAAAUAGUUACUUCCUGUUAUGAUUUGUGAAUUCCCUAUGACCUUGGAUUUUUUUAAAGUAACUUUAUAUCAGAAAUGAUACUGCAUCUUUAUAUUUUUAAAAUUGUAUUGCUGCUCAAGAAUGGUACCCUGUUGUCAAAAGGCAUACAUUCAUAAUUGUACAUUCAGCAUUGUAAAUAAACUUAUGAAAUCUUUUUUGAUUGAAACUUCAAAAUAAAAGUGUAAAUGAA